GUAUUCCUCUCGAAUUUUCAUUGUUUUGUGUGGCGCAUAUAUAUUGGCGCUCUCUUGUACCAAUAUUCAUGUGUCCAAAUAAAUAAAUAAAUAUUUUCGCCUUCGCCAUAGGUGACGUAAGUUGGCAAACGCCGAACGAGCUUUCUGAAUCCCUGCUGAGAUUUCGUCAGACACCAACCCAUUAGGGCUGAUCAGACUUCCAAGAUAAGUGAAGUUGUCAACGCGUUCGACUACUUCACUCCCUAUCCCUAGUUCAGGUGUUGACGCAGACCAGUCCUGAAACAACAACUUGCAUUCAGAGGGAGAGAUGCGCAUUCUAAAUUUAUUUUCACUGUAAAGAUCUGACGUGGUGACUCAGGUGAAGCACAUCUGUGUGACGCCGUAAUUGUCAUUACUGUACAGAUUUCUAGAUAAAAUUCAGAAGCAAUGCAGCCUAUGUGUUGUACAAUCCUAAGUGGUAGAGAUAGCUUAGAAAAGACUGUCAUACAAACAGUAACUUCACGGAUUAAAGUUGCAGCGGAAACAUCUCUAACAGUACACAUAAUUCGGAAAUUAAAGGGCGAAAAUAACCUUACCAUUAAGGAUUUUCGGGUAGUCAGGUCUUGGAAGCCAAUGCUUCCGAGGCCUGUAUGGGUAGAACGAUUGAUUUCCAAAACACCUUAAGUGUGUGCUACACGAACGCUCGUAGUCUUAGAAAUAAAACGUCCGAGCUAAGUCUGAUGGUGCAAGAAUUAUGUCCCGAUAUAAUCGUUAUUACAGAAACUUGGUUCACCGUUGAUAUAGACUGUCCUCCUUUCAUUGUUGGUUAUAUCUGUAUUAGAAGUGAUAGUUUCAAGCCGCAAAGGGGGAGGUGUAAUAUUAUACGUUAGGGAUCACCUUCGUAUACAAUCAACCAUAUCGGAGGCUCAUAUCGGUGGCACAUGUGAGGUUGCAUAUUGUAAGAUUAAAUCUAGAAAUGGGUUAGUGACUAUAGGGGGAAUAUACCGUAGUCCGUCUUGUCUUGCUGACGACUUUAUCCUAAGACACAUCUGUUCUUGGAGUAUGGCAGAAUGUUGUCUCAUCAUUGGGGACUUCAACGCACCGCAUAUCAACUGGAUAGAGCUUACAGCUCAAGGUAGUGGUUUCGAUAGCGACCUUUUAUCUACCGUUAUUCAGUGUGCACUUGUUCAAUGCAUCACAAAACCGACACAUAUUGAUAUGAAUCAUGAUCCGUCACUGCUGGACCUCGCCCUCACCCACCACUCUGAGGAUGUCUUUGAUAUCCAGCACCUUCCUCCACUAGUGAACAGUGAUCACGUUGUAAUUCACUUUAAGUUUAGGACACAUGGUAUACAAUUCGUAUCUGCUCCACCCCGUCCCAAUAUCUGGCGAGCUAAUAUUCCGGAAAUCAGAAACUAUGCUACGUCGGCUGAUUGGUCGGUCGACGCGGAUGGAUUGAUCGAAGAUGAAUGGAAUAAGUUUAAGGCUACAGCCGAGUCCGUAACGUCGCCGUUUAUCCCAUGGUCAGCACGUAAGCUAUCACAUUGCCCUCCAUAGAUUAAUAAGGAAACCCGGAAGCUGUUAAAGCGUAGGAAACAUUUCUGGGACUUAUUCUUGUUGACAGGUCAUGCACCAUUUAAGCGUCAGUACCAAAAAUACCGUAAUAUCUGUAAGAAAACCAUAGCGAAAUCCCGUACCACUUACGAGCGACAGUUAGUAUAUGAUAGCCGUACUUGUCCGAAACGAUUGUUUUCGUAUGUUAAACGGCAAAUGAAACGUAGUGAUGGUAUUCUCCCGUUACUGUUACACGAAAAUUCAGAAUUACUAGCUGAAUCAGAUCGGGCAAAAGCUGAGACUUUUUCAGACUACUUUAGCGAAGUCUUCUCUACGUUUAUUGUAACAAAUACUUGUCCCACUCACACCGAGAUACCAACCAUUGAAUCUGUACAGGUGACUGAGGAAACUGUCCUUCCGUUGAUAACUAACCUCAAACCUGGUAAGAUACCGGGCCCUGACGGGUUACAUCCACGGUUGCUGUCAUCUCUUGCGGACAUUAUUUCAAAACCGCUUGCGACACUCUUCAACAUGUCCCUCUCACUCGCUCAACUCCCUAGAGAUUGGAAGGACGCUAUAGUUAGUCCUAUAUUUAAGGACGGUCAGCGACAGAUAGUAUCUAACUACCGGCCUGUCAGUCUAACUAGCAUAGUCGUUAAGUUACUCGAAAAGAUAAUUCGGGUUAGGUUGCUAAGCCACAUAGAUUUACACAAUCUGUUAGCUCCUGAGCAACACGGAUUUCGUAACAAGCGUUCAUGCUUGACUAACUUGCUUAUUGCGAGGGAGGAUUGGACAGCAGCCCUAGAUCACGGUCUGUCUGUCGACGUGAUAUUCAUAGAUUUUAGCAAAGCGUUUGACAAGGUUUCACACGUAGGUCUUAUGCAGAAGCUUACGAGCUUCGGAAUAAUAGGUACUGUACAUAAGUGGAUAGGAAAUUUCUUAUGUGACCGCAGACAGAGAGUUAGGGUCAAUGGAACGCUAUCCGAUUGGAAGCCGGUCAAAAGUGGUGUACCCCAAGGCACCAUCUUAGGUCCACUGCUCUUCCUUCUCUACGUUAAUGAGUUACCGCUGUUACUUAGGUCGUCGACAUUAUUGUUUGCGGAUGACGUAAAAAUCUGGAGAACAAUAAAAAGUGCGGCUGAUCAUCUGGAUCUUCAAGCUGACUUAGACGAUUUAGUUAGAUGGGCUCGAGAGUGGGGCUUAGAAAUCAAUGCUAGGAAGAGUGUACUAAUGCACGUCGGUCACGGUAAUAGUUACCGUUACACUAUUGAGGAUAAACCUCUUCCAUGCGUUCAAGAGCAUAAGGACUUAGGAGUAAUAUUAAGUCAUGAUUUAAAAACAACUGCGCAUUGCAAAGCAGCCGCUGUCAAAGGUUUUCGUGCGUUAUGGUCACUUCGCCGAGCGUUCAAAUCUUUUGACGAGGAAACGUUUCGAAUUUUAUAUCCCAUAUAUGUUAGACCACAUUUAGAGUACUGUAUCCAAGCAGCUAGCCCGUGUCUGGUAAAGGAUACUAACUCCCUUGAGCGUGUCCAGCGUGUGGGAACGAAAUUAGUGAAGGGUCUUUCUAGACUCCCUUACGAUGAGCGCUUAAAACGCCUAAAUCUUUUCCCCUUGUCGUAUCGUAGGACACGAGGUGACCUUAUACUGGCAUUUCGUAUCUUUAAUUAUGAUUUGGGUGUUAAUAUGUCUUAUCUUUUUGCUCCCUCCAGCACUAAUAAUCUCCGAGGUCAUAGCAAGAAGGUUCAUAAACCACGAUCUAAAAAACUUAAAGUGGGAUCCCGUUUUUCUCAUCGAGUAGUCAAUCGUUGGAACGCCUUACCCGAACAAGUGGUAUCAGCCCCAUCAGUGAAUACUUUCAAGGAAAAGCUGGACCUUCACUGGAAAGCAAUGUGUCAGGAUUAACACAGGUUCAUCAACCUACUAUCCUUAUUACUGAAGACUGGAAAUAACUAUGACAAAGUUCGAAGCCAGGCUAAAAUGACGAGACUUAGUAUGUUCAGAUAUUUAGCUAUUGCGGUCAGUAACAAACUGACAAAAAGUGCUCUCCAGAUCAAAACAAAUUAAUAAUACCAAACAUUGACGAUUGAGUGCACUAAUUAGUCCACAGACUUGCAAUACUUUGGUCAAAUUAUUAAAUGUCUAGCUUUGCUUAUUGCCGAAUGGGUACUUUUCCGAACUGCAUAUAAAUUUUCACAAAUCAAGAUCUAAAUAUUAAACAAACUAGAAAAUUCCAUUUGAAACAGAUUUAAUUAAAUCGCCACAAACAGGCAAACAUUUUGGAUAUAUAUUCAAAAUUCUUAAUGAUAAUUAGAGCGAAUCCAAACAAGACCUAUCUUUAAAAUAUAAGACUUCAGGCCAAGUAGGUAUAAACAACAACAAAUUGUCACCUAUAAAGUUUAUAAGUAGUUUAUAUUCAGUCUCAGAACUAAAUUGAACUCAAUAUGCAACAGAAAUGAACUAUCUGACAGUUUGCGAAGCUUUAAACCAGAAUUACGAGAAACUACAACUUACUCGGCUUGUAUGGCGAUUUCACUCACAUUGGGAGCAGUGCAGCUCAAUCUCUCGAUUUGCGCUGCCCGAAAGACCGACAUUCGUGUGUUAAGGUGAAUUUUAUUCUUGGCGGCUUACAAAAAUCCGC